AUGACUUCUUUUGUGGUGACCACGUGUUCUGUCAAUGCGGUAUACCUUUGCAGUGGCAAUGCUGUUGCUGUUGUGUCGGUUGGCAGCGGGGAGGAUGAGAUGGCCGUCGCCGAAACGUACAAGAAUCAGAAUGGUGGCAGCGGUAUCGAAGCUGCAGCCGCUGCAGCGGCCGCACUGGGUGCCGCAUUGAAGGCCAGCAUGACCGGCGGAUCUGUUGAUGCUGACGAGUGCCUGAAGGUCGCACAGAAAGAGAUGCAAAAAGUUGCGACCCGGAAGCAAAGGGAAGCAAAAGGCGAAGCAGUGCUUGCCUCGCGGCUAGCGGCAGUCGGCUAUGAGGGCCAAGCGAAAUCUGAAGCUUUGCGCCUCGCGCACCAGCAGCGUGCAUCGCGCCUCGUCACAGAGAAGAACGAGCGCUUGGCCGAAGAUGUUGCGACUCGCCGCGCCAUGCGCGAGGAGCGAGCCACAGCGGCUGCAAGUAGGCGAUGCCUCUCCGAGGCUCGUGCACGAUUUGUGCGGCGCUGGCCGCAACCGGAGGAGGCGCUCGACUCAACCCCGUCCUCCUUGCCCAGCCUGCUGGCCGACGAUCCAGUCGUUCGGCGGGCGAAGGCGCUUUGCAGCGGAGCUGCGCAGGCAGUCGCCCAGCUUGAGGAGCAGAACCAGCUGCUCAGAGCGAAGCCCACGCUGCAGGUCGUUAGGCCCGAGCCCAAGGAACCCAAAAUCCCUUCGCGGGGGCCCACGCCGAUGCCCAGCAACGAGGAGCUCAUUGCGAAGGCAAAGGAGCUCCUGGCAGAUUACAAGCCAGAAAAACUUCGGCAGCCGGCUUCCGGUCGAACUUCUUCGGCCCGGACAACUGCAGCCUCAGCGGAGAGCUCCACGAGGAACUCACCACGGCACGGUGCUGGAGGUGGUGGAGAUCUCACUGCUCUCCAGCGUGCUAGACAGCAAUGCGCCGAUGUGUGUGUAGAGCUGACCAGCAAGAAGGACACACUGAGGCGGUAG